ACAGGGUAACUUCAUUUUUGUGCAUUGAAAGGACCACCAUACAAACAUGGAAGCGUUCAAAUUGAGGGUAAAGGAGGUGGAAGAUAAUUGGCAGCAGUUACAGGAUCAUGAAGUAGAGUUGUGCCAGACCCUGAGACUACAGGUAGAAGAUCUCCAGAAGAGACUUGAAGAGAAGGACAACAAACUCAUUCAGGCAAACAAGGUGAUCAGAGCACUGAGGGAUGAGGUGCAGACACUGCAGCAACAGCUGGAGCAGCACAGACGGAAGUACCAUGGCAUAAUUGGACAGAGAGACUGGCACUGUCAAUGUGGAAGAGGAAAUGACCUCACUAAUCUGGUACGUGUGGAGCCGUGUGUGCAGACAGGAACUGUUCCAUCAGACUGUCGUCCCAGUGAGCCAGAGCCUGGUUCCUCAGAUGCAGGAAUGGAUGCUGAUUUCACAACACAUGAUACUUCACCACAUUCUCCUCUGGAAACCAUCAAAACAGAGGGUUGUAGGAUCCCACCAAACGUCUUCCUGUCCUGUACUGCUGAGGAGGACCCAGCAGAUGUUCCGCUGUCUCCUGGUGAUGACACGCUGACAUCACCACAGGAACUAGAGGAGGACCCAGCAGAUGUUCCGCUGUCUCCUGGUGAUGACACGCUGACAUCACCACAGGAACUAGAGGAGGACCCAGCAGAUGUUCCACUGUCUCCUGGUGAUGACAUGCUGACAUCACCACAGGAACUAGAGGAGGACCCAGCAGAUGUUCCACUGUCUCCUUGUGAUGGCACACUCAGUACAGUGAAAUCAAAGCAGGACCUACAAAUGCCUGUUCUCUCAGUCAAGCUACAAGACUGCCGUGCAAUGCUGGGGCCUGAUGGAGUUUAUAAGAUGAACAUGGAAGAGGUUCUCAGCGAUGAGGAGUACAACGAUGGCUACAAAGGUUAUCAAGAUAAUGAUGACAGCGAUUACGACCCAAAAGAUGCUGACUUCACUGAGUCUAAGGGGGAACACAAGAGGCAGAGCAGAGGAGCCAGCAGCGUCAAGGCAAAAACGACUUAUCGGUACGCCAACCGUCACAAGUGUUCAGAAUGUGGGAAGGCAUUUUCAUUUCCAAGCCAGCUGUCUAUUCACCAAAGAGUACAUGCCAGGAAAAAGCCAUCCACUGCUGCUCCAUGUGAAAACAUGUCCACUGACUCUCCACCUGAGAAUACAUCCACAGAUUCUCCACAUGGAAAUGUAUCUACUGACUCACCCAACACUGGACUUCUUCUGGACGAAGAUGGUGCAAAUGCAACGCCUGAGCCCUGCAAUGAAAGCCUCACUGCACACGCAGGAGAAAAGUCUCAUGCUUGCCCCCAGUGUGAUCAGACUUUCUCACUGAUAAAACACCUGCAUUCACACCAAAGACGGCAGCAUAAAACAUCGCCUUUUGAAUGUGAUGUCUGUGGGAAAGUUCUUUCUGCCCAAAACAGCCUCAAAGUUCACAAAAGACUGCACACAGGUGAAAGGCCUCAUGCUUGCAAACAUUGCGACAAAACCUUCGCACAUUUAAGUGGUCUCAUUCGACACCACAAAGCUCAUCCACAGGAGUCAGAUGUAAAAAGAAAAAAGUCAACAAAAGGGAGGGAAAAAAGUGAAAACUCCUGCUUUGAAUGUGACCUAUGUGGGAAAAUAGUUUCAUCCCAGGCAUGUCUAGUCAAUCAUAGAAGAAUUCACACGAGAGAAAGGUUUCAUGUCUGCAAACAUUGUGACAAAACGUUUCAGCAAAAGGCUCAUCUCAGUGAACACAUAAAACUGCACACAGGUGAAAGGCCUUUUGCUUGCACUCAGUGUGGGAAAACCUUCACACAUCAUGUGAGUUUGACUCUUCAUCAAAGAUUUCAUACACAGGAAAGACCUUACAAGUGUUCACUUUGCCCCAAGGCAUUCGCACAUUCAUCACACUUAAACAUACACGUCAGAAGACACACUGGAGAAAAACCCUACGCUUGUACUAAGUGCUCCAAGACCUUCCAUUGUUCAACUGAACGAAAUAGACAUGAAUUUACUCACACACAGGAGAAACCUUUCUUAUGUCUGGUCUGUGGGUUGACAUUCAAAGUUAAAUUUCAGCUUCAGCGUCAUGAGUCUAUUCACACAGGAGUGAAGCCAUAUUCUUGUACAUACUGUGAGAAGACUUUCCAAUGUAAAAGCACACUUAAAAAACACAUUAGAAUCCACUCAGGAGAAAAACCAUUUAAAUGCUCUCUUUGUGAUCUCUGUUUUUCCCAAAGGACCAACCUUAAUCGUCACCAAGUUAGACACACGGGUGAAAGGCCUUACAUUUGCUCUAUGUGUGGUAUGACUUUUGGUUACAGAGACGCAUUGAGGACCCACCAGACAGUUCACACUGGAGAGAAACCCUACCAAUGCACCAUCUGUGGGGAGGGAUUUCCCAACCGACAAGCUCGACAGUCACACAGGAAAAAUGUGCACAGCAUGGAGCAGUCCCACAAGUGUCAACAAUGUGGGCAGAUUUUAAAAUCUGCUCCAGCCUUGAAAUCUCAUGACUGUUCAUAUGGUGUGAAUAGCACCCCAGUAAAUGGGGAGGUGGAUACAGCCCAGCCCAGUUCUGGAGAUGCAAGGUGAAAGAUUGAGCUGUCACUUGAGACUGAAAUAUAAAUGUUAUAGUGGUACUUUAUAAGACAGGGGUGUCAAACUCAUUUUCAGGGGCCCUCAUACAACCCAUGUGAUCUCAAGUGGGCCGCACUAGUAAGCUAAUUGCAAAAAAAAAAAAAAUCAGAGGAUUAGUUUUCAGUACUUUCUAGAGCUGGGCGGUAUACCGUUAAAAAACCGUGAUCUCGGUUUACACUACACAAUGUUCUCUUUUUGAUGAGAGACGGUUUUGUUGUUGUUGUUUAAAGCCUACUAUGUUAUGUGCGUGAGCUUCAUACUCUGUGUCACACUUCCAAAGAUUCUUCUAGUCUCUGACACUUCAUUUCAACUCUGCGAAGUCCACUGUUGUUGCUGUUCUACUAGGGAAUGUCACCACAAUGUAAGAUGUUGAUUGAACUAAUAAAAUAAUUGGCUAAUCGCGCUAGAGGCUAGUGAGAGUGCAACAUGAUGAACACACAUGGCAUGGAUGAAUCAUGACAAACAUUUCAAUUCAUGUAGCCUACCUUUGAUCUCACAAAGUUAAAUAAAAGCCAAUUCUAUGUGGUGCUAUGUUAACAGGCUACAACAGUUAUCUGAUUCUUAACUCUAUUUAAUUACCAUCCCAACUGUGUGUGCAGCACUGCUGUUAAGACUGCUUAUAAGCUAAAGUAGCCUAGCUUUCAAAUGCAAUUGCGCAGACAAGAUACAUAGCUACAUUGCAUAUUAUAUAUUUGUUUGAAAUGAUUUGGGGUCAAAAUAGGAGCGAAACACAUCGCAAUAUGACACAAACUACCGGACAAAAUACCUUCUACAUUGGAUUUGGACUUUAAUUCAAAGACAAUAUGCACACAAUGUCAAGUAAAUCCGUUUGUUUUCCGUGUCUGUCUUCAGUCUGUUUCG